UCUAGAGCUGUUCACCGGUGGUGUAAACACUCAUGACGUGACGUGAACAUGAUGAAAUAACAUUGGACACUUAACGGUAUAUGUGGUCUUUUUUUAAUUCUAUAAAGCUUCAGAAUGCACUCGCGUAUUUUAUUCAAAGGAACGGCAGCAGCCGUUGCUGCGAGAAGGAUUCGCCAUAUAUUGGGACCCUUGAUGUCAAAAGAAGGUUGGAACUGCAGCGCACAUGAGGUCAAACUCCUUAACACAUCAUCAGGUGACACUGUGAAGAUAGGAGAGAUCUCGUAUGUCCUCAAAACCCCCAGAAAUCCAGAACUUGUGCCAGUGAAUCACAUAAUGAAGGCCUUGCCACAAAUGGUCACCCAACACCUCCGCUGGAUAAUGCAGAAGGACCUUCUCGGGCAGGAUGUAUUUCUCAUUGGUCCUCCUGGUCCUCUGCGGCGUUCAAUUGCCAUGCAGUACCUGGAAUUAACAAAGCGAGAGGUUGAAUAUGUUGCCCUGUCUCGAGACACUACUGAGACUGAUCUCAAACAGCGCAGAGAGAUCCGAUCAGGAACUGCCUUUUACAUCGACCAGUGUGCGGUUCGAGCGGCGACUGAGGGACGGAUUCUGGUGUUGGAGGGACUGGAGAAGGCAGAGAGGAACGUGUUGCCAGUCCUCAAUAACCUGCUGGAGAAUCGAGAGAUGCAGCUGGAAGAUGGACGUUUCCUCAUGUCUGCACACCGCUAUGACAAACUCCUGGAGGAGCACACUAAAGAAGAGCUGGAUGCCUGGAAGAUUGUUAGGGUGAGUGAGGACUUUCGAGUCAUUGCUCUCGGCCUUCCUGUUCCACGAUACAAAGGGAACCCGCUGGAUCCACCGCUGCGGUCUCGCUUCCAGGCCAGAGACAUUUACUAUCUUCCCUUCAAGGACCAGCUGGAGCAUCUCUACAGAAUUGGAUCAAAUGUUCCUGCUGAAAGGGUGUCCCAGCUCUUGUCUUUCGCCACUACUCUUUGUUCUCAAGAGUCUGCCAGCUUAAGCCUGCCUGAUUUCCCUGUGGACAAUCUCCUAUCAGCCCUCACUGUUCUGAAUCUGUUCCCCAUGCUGUCAGUUGAGCAGCUGGUUCAGAGACUUUACCCGUAUGAGGCCAUGCUGGGGAAAGAAGGCCGCACUGCUGUAGAGGGAGUGCUUAAUAGGUUUGAGUUGACUGAUGGAAGCACGAAACCUUCUCUGACUGCAGUGGUGAACAUUGAGCCUGUGAAUGGAGAACAGGCAGAGCAGGCGGCCGUUACUCUCAAUAUCACCAACCAGAACAUCACCUUUCAGGUUCCUUCAGGGACGCGGCCGAUUCGCCCACCCAACAGCAGUCCCACGUUCAUCAACACCCCCACCCACGAGCGCCUGCUGGCAGAGAUGAUGCAGUCCCACCUCGUCAAAGACAUUUGCUUGAUCGGAGCCAAGGGUUGUGGCAAAUCUGUGAUUGCAAGAGAGUUCGCUGAAAUGCUGGGCUACAGCAUUGAACCAAUUAUGCUGUAUCAGGAUAUGACUGCGCGGGAUCUCCUCCAGCAGAGGUACACCCUUCCCAAUGGAGACACAGCCUGGAGGGCAUCUCCAUUGGUCACUGCUGCUCAGGAGGGCAAGCUGGUGCUGCUGGACGGCAUCCAUCGGGUCAAUCUGGGAACCCUGGCUGUGCUUUCCAGGUUGCUGCAUGACCGAGAGCUGGAUCUGUAUGACGGGACGCGGCUGCUGAGGUUUGACCGUUACCAAGCACUUAAAGAGGAACUGCAGCUCACUGACCGGCAGCUUCAGGACAGAUCUAUUUUCCCAAUCCACCCAUCAUUCCGGAUCAUUGCCCUCGCGGAGCCCCCUGUGAUCGGGAGCACUACACAGCAGUGGCUCAAUCCAGAGAUUCUCACCAUGUUUCUGUUUCAUACCAUCAAACCACUGGCCAAAACAGAGGAAACGGCCGUUCUCCAGGGCAUGAUUCCAAAUGUUCCCGGAGAAGCAGUGGAGCAGCUGCAACACCUGACUCACAGCCUGAGAAAAUCCAACGAUCCAACGGCCCUGUCUCUUGCUUCUUCAUUGUCCACUAGGCAGCUGCUGAGAAUCUGUCGGCGUCUUUCUCAGUAUCCGCAGGAGAGUGUUGCUCACGCUGUGCAUAAAGCUUGUCUGUCCAGGUUUCUUCCCAGCUUGGCUCGCUCGUCUCUUGAGAAGAGUCUGGCAAACUGCUCAAUAGAGGAUCAUCCUGAUCCAGCAUCAGAACAGAAGCAGCUCUACACUUGCACAGUAAAAGAUGGACUCCUGACCAUAGGGAAUGUCUCAGCUCCUGUGUACAGCCCAGAUGAAAAGAUGAAGGUCCCAGAUGUGCUCUUUUAUGAGAACGUUCAGCAUAUGAUGGUCAUGCAGGACAUGCUGAAGGACUUCCUGUUGGGGGAACACCUGCUUCUCGUGGGGAACCAGGGUGUUGGGAAAAACAAGAUUGUUGAUCGAUUCCUGCAUCUUAUGAACAGGCCGAGAGAAUAUCUUCAGCUCCACAGAGACACUACAGUCCAAACCUUAACCCUGCAGCCCUCAGUGAGAGAUGGAAUCAUCAUCUACGAAGACUCUCCAUUGGUGAAAGCUGUGAAGAUGGGGCAUAUCCUGGUAAUAGAUGAAGCGGAUAAAGCUCCCACAAAUGUCACCUGUAUCCUGAAGGCGCUGGUGGAGAGUGGAGAGAUGAUCCUGGCUGAUGGAAGAAGAAUAGUGUCUGAUGCUUUGGAAGCAGCAGGAAGGCCUAAUGCCAUUCCCAUGCAUCCAGACUUCCGUAUGAUCGUUUUAGCGAACAGACCUGGCUUUCCGUUUUUGGGAAAUGACUUCUUUGGGGCUCUUGGGGAUAUAUUUAGCUGCCAUGCAGUGGACAACCCCAAACCUCAGGCUGAGUUUGCCAUGUUGAAGCAGUAUGGACCUGACGUGCCUGAUGCUGUCCUCCAAAAACUGGUGGCGGCAUUCGGAGAGCUCCGGGCCAUGGCUGACCAGGGAACAAUCACAUACCCCUACUCUACACGAGAGGUGGUCAACAUCGUAAAACACCUACAGAAAUUUCCAGAUGAAGGUCUGGCCAACGUGGUGAGGAAUGUGUUUGACUUUGACUCCUAUAACAAGGACAUGCGCGAGGUGCUGAUCUCAGCUCUGCACAAACACGGCAUUCCAAUCGGAGCCAAACCCACCAGCGUCCACCUGGCCAAGGAGUUACCAUUGCCAGAUUCUAAGAUGACAGGUUAUUGGACUAUCAGUCAGGGUGGUAAUACACGACGAAAGCUGCUGUGUCCAACAGAAUCCCAUCGGAUCGAUAUCAAGGGCCCAGUGUUUCUCCGGGUUCAGAGUUACCCUUCUGAAAGACAUGAGUCCAGAUCCAUGAGCUUCACUGAGGAACAGGCCCACUGGCAAAUCCCUAUGAACGAAGUCAACAUCGUCUGUGACGUCACCACUGCUAAAGAUUCCAUUUAUGUGGCCACGUGUAAUCCUGUAUCGCUGUAUGCUAUGAAGGAGAAAGGAGACUCUGUACAGUGUAUAGAGCUCUAUGACAUCUUCCCCAGGACCAUCAGUGGAGUUUGGCAGCCCUUCGUCUCUGUGGCAGCACUGGGCAACCCGCUGCAGGACCAGGUGGUGCUCCAUGAAGAACAGGGCAACACAGUGCUGCAUCUGGAUCUGGUUACUGGUGCUGUGAGGAGGCUGAUUCUGGCUCAGGACAAACAGGACGAAGCACCACGCAAGGCCUCAAACUGGUGGAACAGCAAAGAGAGUCAGCCAGAAUACAAAAUGUGCAAGGAGUUUGCCCACAAAAACUGGCUUCUCUUCUACAAAGAAAAUGGGAAUCAGCUGGAUGUUGUCGAUGUGCUAGAAGGUCAGGUUCACACCAUCCAUCUGCCCAUCAAUCUCAAGGCUGUGUUCUUGGUAGCUGAAGACCGAUGGCUUCUUGUUGAAAGCAAGACCGACAGGAAGUUCUUGUUGACGAAGCCUAUGCACAUGGGUGCAGAGGAGACGGGUGUCUGCCAGCUGCAUGCCAUCAGUGAAGACGCUGUUAGCUCCGGUUUUGGGAACAACUCAGGGAUGGAUGCGGUUUCUCCUCAGGAGGUCUCGAGUGAUCAGCUGUCCAAUGAGAACCUCAGUGCUGCCUUGGGACAGAAGAUUGUGUCUCCCAACCGCGUCCUCUGUGACACAAACACCUAUGCUAAUGUUAUUGUGGGCUUCCCAGAUCUCAUGUCCCCAAAUGAGCUUUACAGCUUUAGGAGAUCUUCGCCCAUAACAGAAGGCCGGGGACCUGACAUGUUUUUUGGGUCAAGCAAGCGAAUUGGGCCAGCAAAGAGGGUCAACUGUGUCUGUCUGUUAGAUGCCAAUCAAGUAGUCCGAGCACUGCCCCCUACACAAGUUCCACUAGCUGAGAUCUACCCUAAAGAUGUUACACCACCGAUGACCGCAGCGUACCUGGAAGUGACAGAUCUGAAUUCUAAGAGGCUGAAAUACAUUCCAGUGCCCAGGAGCAACUCCAUGUCCCCGUACACUGUGUGGAUCUCAAAGGUGUCCGACACAGAUGUAGUGAUGGCCCCUCUGGGCUCUGGAGGGGUCGUGACUGUGGACAUGGGAGGCUACGUUCGAUUAUGGGAAACCGGCCUGGACCACCUGCAGCGCUCUCUGCUGGAGUGGAGGAACAUGAUUGGAUCAGAGGACGGCAGACCUGUGCAGAUCACCAUUGAGAGAGACAGUGGCCUAGAUGUCAGCUCACCCAAACAUGGAAAGAUUGACGCCAAAAAUGCCCCUCAUGUAGGGGGAAACCAGUGGGCUGGAGGCACAGGUGGCAGAGAUACAGCAGGUCUCGGUGGUAAAGGAGGCCCGUACCGUCUGGAUGCGGGACACAAAGUCUACCAGAUCUCUCAGGCAGAGAAAGACGCCGUGCCUGAUGAGGUGAAGAGAGCGGCACGAGAUAUGGCGGAGCAGGCUUUUAAGCAGAGGCUGAAGGAAAUCGAGAUGAGUGAAUAUGAUGCCUCCACAUAUGAUCGUUUCUCAGGGGCAGUGAGACGUCAGGUUCAGUCACUACGCAUUAUUCUGGACAGUCUGCAGGCUAAAGGGAAGGAGCGUCAGUGGCUGAGGAAUCAGGCUCUGGGUGAGCUGGAUGAUGCGAAGAUCAUUGAUGGUCUGACAGGAGAGAAAUCCAUUUAUAAACGCAGAGGAGAGCUGGAACCAGAGUUGGGGUCUCCUCAGCAGAAGCCCAAGCGUUUGCGUGUGCUAGCAGACGUCUCUGGCAGCAUGUACCGCUUUAAUGGAGUAGACGGCCGUCUGGAGCGCUCCAUGGAGGCUGUGUGUAUGGUGAUGGAGGCGCUUGAGAGCUACGAGCACAAGUUUAAGUACGAUAUUACGGGGCACUCUGGAGAUGGUUUCGACAUAGAACUGGUCAGAUGUGACAAAGUGCCCAAGAACAACAAGGAAAGGCUGAAGGUUUUGAAGACAAUGCAUGCCCACUCGCAGUUCUGCAUGAGUGGAGACUACACGCUGGAGGGCACCGAACACGCCAUAAGGGAGCUGGCACAUGAAGAAGCCGAUGAGCAUUUUGUCAUCGUGUUGAGCGACGCCAACCUGGAGCGCUACGGCAUCAGCCCGGACCGGUUUGCACGUGUUCUCACUAGUAACCCGCAGGUCAAUGCCUUCGCCAUCUUCAUCGGUUCACUAGGAGACCAGGCGGACAGGCUCCAGAAGACUCUGCCGGCCGGACGCUCUUUUGUCGCCAUGGACACCAAGGAGAUCCCUCAAAUCCUGCAGCAGAUUUUCACAUCCACUAUGCUGUCCAGCGCAUGAGACUAUUCCAGCUGGAUAACUUGAACUGCACCAAAUGUGCCACAUCACUGAUGACACUGUGGUCUUUGCAUCCAGAUGUAGCAGGUUCAGUUGCUCAAAAUUCUAAAUUGGUUCAAAGUGGUUCAAAAUUUCACUGUAGUAAAAUCUGAAGUAAUUAAUAAACAUAAUUGUCAUUGGAUUUACACGCUACAACCAAAUUCUCAUUACUAAUCUAACUUUUAAUGUAGUGUUUUAAUAAAAAAGUUGUAAAUGUUUAAAUUUGGUAUGUUAUUGUACGGUUUCUCACUCUAAAAUGAUCAAAGUUCUGAACGAUCCUAAUAAGAAACCACAGCUAUGAGAAAAAAAUGCAAAUGUUUUUUUUUUAUCUGUUUCUACAUAUUUACUGGAUUUAUGAAUUAUGGGUUUGAGUAGACUAUGUUGUAAAGGUUUGAUAAAAAAAAAAUUAGUAUUGUUUCAUUAUUAUUUGGAUGGAGUGAAUUACUAUUUACACUCCCCGGCCCUGACCCUACCAUCCGAAUGAUGCAGCAGAAAUCGAGACGACUCAGACCAGGCAAUGUUUUUCCAAUCUUCUAUUGCCCAAUGUUUGUGAGCCUAUGUGAAUUGUAGCCUCAGUUUCCUGUUCUUAGCUGACAGGAUUGGCACCAUCCGUCUCAAGGUUGAACAUGUGUUCAGAGAUGCUCUUCUGCAGACCUCGGUUGUAACGAGUAGUUAUUUGAGUAGUUACUGUUACUUGUCAGCUUGAACUAAUCUGGCCAUUGUCCUCUGACUUCUGGCAUCAACAAGGCAUUUGUCCCCACAAAACUGCCUCUCACUGAAUAUUUUCUCUUUUUCAGACCAUUUUCUGUAAAAUCUAGAGAUGGUUGUGCGUGAAAAUCCAAGUAGAUCAGCAGUUUCUGAAAUACUUGGUGCCUGUCUGGCACCAGCAUCCAUGCCACGUUCAAAGUCACUUAAAUCAUCUUUCUUCCCCAUUCUGAUGCUCAGUUUGAACUGCAUCAUCUUGCCCAUGCCUAAAUGCAUUGAGUUGCUGCCAUGUUAUUGGCUGAUUAGAAAUUUGCGUUAACGAGCAGUUGUACCUAGUAAAGUGGCCGGCAAGUGUAGAUCCUCUGGUUUUUAACUUUUUGCACUCAAAAAAAAUCAAUUUACAAACAAAUACAUUGUACAUACUGCAUGCAAUUACAUACAGUAGUAAUCAGGACUGAAAUGUAUGAGUCUAGAAUCACUGCAUAGAUAAAAUGUUAUGCAAAAAAUAUAGACGAUAUCUGAAGUCGAAUCUUGUUUUAACAUCCUGUUAGCUGUUAACAAUCAUGCACAUGCGAGGAUCCAAAUCCAUGCUAUUACUCAAGUGAACUGGUUUAAAAGUGAGUUUAGUUGAAGGUUGAAUUACUAUUAAAACAUUAUGAUUGUAUUCAAUAUAUUUUUAAAAGCACAUAUUUGAACUGAUGUUGUUUAAUCCGUUGAUUGUAUUCUUGGAACUAAACUCAGCUAAUUCGAUAUUUAAAUUACUCAAUGUUAUGUAAUACAGAAUUAUGGUAAAUAUAUACAAAAUAUUCAUAACAUUCAGUGUCGUUUCAUUCAUUCAUUCAUUUUCUUUUUGGGUUACUCCCUUUAUUAAUCGCCACAGCGGAAUGAAUCACCAACUUAUCCAGCUCAUGUUUUACGCAGUGGAUGCUCUUCCAGCUGCAACCCAUCACUGGGAACACCAACACACUCUUACUCGCACACAUACACUACAGACAAUUUAGCUUACCCAAUUCACCUGUACCUCAUGUCUUUGGACUGUGGGGGAAACCGAAGCACCUGGAGGAAACCCACGCGAACACGGGGAGAACAUGCAAACUCCACACAGAAACGCCAACUGACCCAGCCAAGGCUCGAAUCAGCAACCUUCUUGCUGUGAGGCGACAGCACUACCUACUGCACCCCUCAGUGUCGUUUCAUUACUUAAAAAAAAUGGAGGUAAACAUUCACCCAGCUGUACCUAAAGUAUUAUUAGAACAUGUGGCGUGUCCGGGUGUGACCUGUUUUGUUUUCAAGAGCCCGGUGUUGUGUAAGAGUUGGCACUCUUUCGUCAAGUUUUUUGGGAUUUUCCAAGUGUCCUCUAAACACAUCCUGUAGCUUCUGGGAGCAACUGAGACUGUGCAGAGAGUCAGCCGCACACCACUGCCGCCCAUCACCCAAGACUUCCUCGUAAAUCUCUUUCCGUCCUGAGAAACCAGAACCUCAAGUGCAAUUCCACACCACAUUCCACUGCCGUCCCAUUACACCCUCAUCACUCUUUAACCAAAUGAGCGCAGAUGAAAAUGUAUUUGUGAUCUCUGACAGGCCUGACACUGGGCUUCACUAACAUAGAUCUUUAAAGGAAAAACGAUGGCUGACAGAAAUAGCUGAUCCAGAGGUCAAAACAUCAGAUUAUGUUUGCAUUUUCAGCAAACAGAAGGGUAUUUUUACUCCUAAAAAGCGUCUCCUGUGUUUGUGAGAGUACUUUUCCCCCCGGACUUCCAGUCAUAUUUGACCUAUGCUCCUCUGUUGUCCACCUGACUGCUUCCGUGAACUCCUCAGAGAUGUGCUUCAUCUAUGUCAACAGUGUUUUUUUCCCUUCCUGACGCCGGCCGCUGCCACCCAGCCUCUCACACUGAGCUGAGGAAUCCAGUUCCAGCUCCAGUUACGCCACACUCCAGAGAUGUUGCCGAGGAGAAAGUGGGGCUGUAAUUUAUAGAAUCUGGCCAGCGUGAGGAGUUGAACUUUCGGAAAGCUGCAGGUAGCGGGAAUGUUCUAAAGUGUUGUUUCUUCUAAAAACAGAAAUGCUCUGUUAUAAAACCUUGCUGAGAUGCCAAAGUAAUCACAGAGCAUACUUUAGUUUUGAUGCAAAUGCUUAGAGUAAGCAUAGUCACACAUAAUCUUUCACAGUACUUUCUAUUUGUGUUUCCAGAAUGCACUCUACAUGUUUCUGUCUGUGACAUUUCUCUCCAAAAGUUAUAAAUAAA